GCCCCAUCGUCAUCCUUUCGCCGUUCUCAUUCUUGUUUGGAAGAAACGUGUGUGAGAGCAGAGGCCAUUCAUCCAAAACCCCCACACAUCUCUACUCACCAAGUUUACAAAGCUGUUCUCUCGGAGAUGGCCAACCAGCGAUUUUCCCAGAUGCGGAACCGAUACGCAAGGAACAAGAGAUUCCCAGUCGAGAAGUACCGGGGGUACAAGUGGGACGGGAGGACCUUUCUCUUGACUUAUGUCUCCAACUUUUAUGACCUAUGGAUGGACGCGUACGCUUUUGGGGGAGCCACUCACUACUCAGGGAUCGUGAAGCUCAUUCACACCCUACCGCCCCCAUGGAGUCAAUGGGUCGCAAAAGCGGCAAAACCAUACAUGUGGCAUAGCCCGCCCGAGUACACUCCGCGAGGAGACUUGGGCGGCCUAAUGGGAGUGCUACUUCCGGCGUUAGCAGCUUCAUGCGAUGGACCGCCACGCUACCCACCUCCGCCGAUCUUCCCACCUGGUCAAGCUCGCCUGCAGAAGUAUCGCUAUGACAUGGAGCCGCAUAUCUCCCGCGCUCCCAAAAGAGCAAGGCUCGGGAUCCGUACUUCGACCCCUCCUAGAAUGGGAAGGGAGAUCGAGAACAUGCUCAUGAUGGCCCCUUCACAUGUGAGUGCUGAAGCAGAAGACGAAGAGGUGGAGACUCUAGAGGAAGAAUGGAACCCGAAUAGGGAGAGUGUUGGGGAGACCGAGGAGGAGGAGAAAGAAGAGGGAGAGAUUUAG